ACACGGUGUUUGCGUACUCUCUAAUAUUUGGCCAAUUUGGCAAGUUGCCAAAAUCCAAAAAUUUUAAAUUGCCACUGCUCUAUCAAAAAGUCAUGGGAGCCAAAUCAAAAUACGUGAUUGUUCAGCUGGCAAGCGUAAUUACUGGUUCUACACGAGUAUGGGUCAGGGAACGAGCUGCUGAAAAGUUUGCUGGAAUUUUCUACGAUCCAGCUUAUGGAAAGUCGUGCCUAUUUGAAGAAGUCAAACGAGUAAAGGGAAAAUCAGAAUUGCCGAAACGAAUCAGAGGAAUCUACAGCAUCGAAAACUAGCUUUACCGGUCAAUUUUUAGGUCUCUAGAUUGUUUUUCUCAUUGUUUUGUACGUAUAAAAGUUUAAAAACGCA